AUGUCCAACCUCACCCUCCUCACUGGGAAGAACUACCACAACUCUGUGCCUUUUCUCACCCUUCGGAUAAUAGGUUCUGCCUACCAGCUGACCUAUUUCACCAACGAGGCCCAGUACCGGCCAGGCCUGGGGCAUUUCAAGACUGUGGGUAUCGACCCCUGCCUCUGUACUCACCUGAUCUACGCCUUUGCUGAGAUGUGGGAUGAGAUCACUAUCUGUGAAUACAUUGUGCAACUCCACCAAGCUUUCAAUGACCUGAAAACUAAAAACCAUCAACUGAAAACUCUUCUGGCUUUUGGUGGCUAGAACUUUAGAACUGUCAAAUUCACUGCCAUGGUUGCCACUUCUGAGAACCGCCAGACCUCCACUGCCUCAGUCAUCAAAUUCCUGCUUCAGUCUGAGUUUAACGGGCUGGACUUUGACUAGGAGUACUCUGGCUCUCGGGGGAGCCCUCUUCAGGACAAGCAUCUCUCCAUGAUCCUGGUGCAGCUGAGCCGUGAAACAUGUGAAGCUUAUGAACAGGAGUCCAAGCAGAUCAACAAGCCCAGGCUGAUGGUUUCUGCUAUGGUAAUUGCUGGCAUCUCCAAUAUCCAGUCUGGCUAUGAGAUCCGCCAGCUGUCCCAGAAGGGCUUGAAGUUGUGGUCUUCCAUUUUCUCACAGGAUUACGUCAUGAACUACUGGAAGGACAAUGGGACUCCAGCUGAGAAGCUCAUCGUGGGAGUCCCCACCUAUGGCCACACCUUCACCCUGAGUGACUCCUCCAACAUUGGCAUUGGCGCCCCCACCUCUGGCGCUGGUCCUGCUGGGCCCUACGCCAGGCAGGCUGGGUUCUGGGCCUACUGUGAGAUCUGUACCUUCCUGAAAAAUGGAGCCACUCAGGCAUGGGAUGCUCCUCAGGAUGUGCCCUACACCUAUCAGGGCAACGAGUGGGUUGGUUAUGAUGAUGUCAAGAGCUUCGGUCUCAAGGCUUGGUGGCUUAAGGAUAACAAUUUUGGAGGUGCCAUGGUCUGGGCCAUUGACCUGGAUGACUUCACAGGCACUUUCUGCAACCUGGGCAAGUUCCCCCUGAUCAACACCCUGAAGAAAGCUCUUGGGCUGCAGAGUGCAAGUUGCACCGCCCCUGCUCAGCCUGUGGAACCCAUAACUCCUCCUCCCAGGAGCUGAAGUGGGGGCGGAAGUGGGAGCAGCAGCUCUGGAGGCAGUUCUGGGGGCAGUGGAUUCUGUGCCGGAAAAGCCAACGGCCUCUACCCUGUGGCGAAUAACAGAAAUGCCUUCUGGCACUGCCUGAAUGGAGUCACAUACCAGCAGAACUGCCAGGCCAGGCAUGUCUUUGACACCAGCUGUGAUUGCUGCAACUGGGCAUAAACCUGACCUGUCUCCAUUCCCGGGUCUCCUUCGCUUAGUACAUCUUGCUCCUACCUAGAGUUCUGCAAUAAAAGCUGUCAGUCAAAACAUGAGCCUUGGG